CGCAAGUCCGCAAUACGUGAGUGAAUCCAACAGCACAGCACAGCCAAGCCAUGGACGAGGCGGUGAAGGGGCCGGUGGUGGUGACGGGCGCGUCUGGCUUCGUCGGGUCAUGGCUCGUCAUGAAGCUCCUCCAGGCCGGCUACACCGUCCGGGCCACCGUCCGCGACCCUUCGAACCUUGGGAAGACGAAGCCGUUGCUGGAGCUGCCGGGGUCGAAGGAGAGGCUGACGCUGUGGAAGGCCGACCUGAGCGAGGAAGGGAGCUUCGACGCGGCCAUCCGGGGCUGCACCGGCGUGUUCCACGUCGCAACGCCCAUGGACUUCGAGUCCAAGGACCCCGAGAACGAGGUGAUCAAGCCCACCGUGGACGGGAUGCUGAGCAUCAUGAGGGCCUGCAGGGAGGCCGGCACCGUGCGGCGCGUCGUGUUCACCUCCUCCGCCGGGACGGUCAACAUCGAGGAGCGGCAGCGGCCGUCCUACGACCACGACGACUGGAGCGACGUCGACUUCUGCCGCCGCGUCAAGAUGACCGGAUGGAUGUACUUCGUGUCCAAGUCGCUGGCGGAGAAGGCCGCCAUGGAUUACGCCGGGGAGCACGGCCUCGACCUCAUCAGCGUCAUCCCCACCCUCGUCGUCGGCCCCUUCAUCAGCACGGGGAUGCCGCCGAGCCACGUCACCGCGCUGGCCCUGCUCACGAGGAAGGAGGCGCACUACUCGAUCCUGAAGCAGGUGCAGUUCGUGCACCUCGACGACCUCUGCGACGCGGAGAUCUUCCUCUUCGAGAACCCCGAGGCGCGCGGCCGCUACGUCUGCUCCUCCCACGACACCACCAUCCACGGCCUCGCGGCGAUGCUCGGGGAGAUGUUCCCGGAGUACGACGUGCCGCGGGAGUUCCCGGGGAUCGCCGACGGCCUCGAGCCGGUCCACUUCUCGUCGUGGAAGCUCCUCGCCCACGGGUUCAGGUUCAGGUACACGCUGGAGGACAUGUUCGAGGCCGCCGUCAGGACGUGCAGGGAGAAGGGCCUCCUCCCGCUGCCGCCGGCGGCGGCCGCGGCCGUGGGCGGAGGAGACGGCGGCUCAGCGAGUGUGGCCGGCGAGAAGGAAGCGAUACUGGUCAGAGGGCCGGCGAUUGGCGCGGAAACUGAAGCGCUGGUCAAAUGAGAUGUUGACUAUUGAGUCAGCCCUCGGUAGUACGAUGAUACUAUGGUCUAUGGUUGGGUGUUCGCUGCUCCUUGCCUUUGCCCUUCUUGGAUUCCUAUUUCACAAUGCCUGAGAUUUGAUAUAGAGCAAUUACUCUGAGUUCAUAUGUAUCUAUA